AUCACAAGUGAGAUCAGCACGCUUCGCAGACACAUGCAGGCACACCAUGAGGGUGCUUACCGGGCAUGGUGCAAAGCGAACAACUUCGCUUCGAUGCUUCCGAGGGACCGCCUGGCGCAGAAGCAAAGCAAAGCAGCAUCUAAGGAAACCCAGAGCCGCCUCGAUGGUCAUCUCAAGCCGCUUCCACCUCAGGAGGUUGUCGUGCCAUAUACAGAUGAGCUCUUCAACGAGGCUGCUCGCGAUUGGCUCAUCGAAACCAACCAGCCAAUUUCCGCACUACAGCACCCCCUCUUUCACAAGAUGAUUCACAUCGCCGCACGCGCAACCAAUGGAGUC